AUGAUUACUGUAAUAAAUGACUGUAAUAACUCAACUUUGCAAUGUGGUAUGACCAUAACAGCUAGCUUAUAUGCCUUUUCUGUCAUGGUAUUUUCAUUGGUUUGCAUAAUUAAAAUGUGGAGAUCUACUUUAAAUCUAAAAUUUGAGUCACUAUCAUUACUCACAACAUUUGUUCAAAGCAUGCUUCAGUUCAUAUAAAAUUUUUUAAUAGAAGAUAUUCGUGUGCUUCUCAGCAGCUAAUUUGUGCAAGCUAUAACCUUUUCUUUUGUGGCAAUGAGCUUUACUCUACUUUAUUUCAGGACAAAUAUAUUGAAGCCUUAAAAAGACUAAUAAGCCAAGCGCAUAAUAUUAAGGAUAUUUAUAAUUUACAAAGUUUUGAUUAUUGCGAUUGCAAUUUAUGUGCUAGCUACCUUAAAAAAAGGAGAUUGUUAAAACUGGUUUUCUUGGAGCUACUUCGUUCCUCUAACCCUAAGUGGGUCCUCAAUGCUAAUUAGUUUUGUUUUUGGUAUAGGGCUUUAUAAUAAAAUAUAAAAGGAGAACAUCAUCGAUUUAGAAUAAAAAAAUGUAUAAGAAGAUUUGUAAAUUUAAAAAAAAGGGUAUUUACACCAUCUUUUAAAGAGCUAGGUCCGCUCAAUAAUUAUUACAUAUUUAUUCACCACUGUAGCUCAAAUAGCGCUGAAUGUAAUCAGAGAAUACUCAGUAGAACCAAGCAUUGUUUGCACUGAUGAUUAUAUUUUCUCUUCAUUUAAAAAUGAAUCUGAAGUAUUUUUAUUUUUCUUUUCGUUGGUAGAGAUAACUCCAUGCUUGAUUGUGCCCUAUGUCUUUUAUUACAUUCCAUUUUCUAAGGCUAAAAUUAAUAAAAACCGUGAAGAUUUAAUCUUUAAGUUUGAAAUUGGAGACUCUUCAGAUGAAGAUUCUACUAGCAACAGUAGACAAGGUAGUCUUUAGAGUAGUUUAUGUGAAGAAACAAAUUAAAAUUCAAUUAAUCAAUACAAUGACGAAGAGUACGAAUAAUCAAAUGUAGUUUGUGCAAAGUUUGUUAGCAAUUAUAGUCAAUCUAGUGAAAUAAAAUCAUCAAAUUUACCAUAACCAUAAACUAUUCAACCUCUCUCUAAGUAAAAUUCAGCUUAAAAGAAACAAACAGAAAAUAAUGAACAUGAUGACAACACCAUUCCUGAAAGAUAUAAAAGAAAUACUAUUGAUGGAAUUGCAAUCUUGAACUAUGGAUUUAAAUUUUCUGAUUAUAAUAAUAAUAAUAAUAUGUAAACGCCUCAUAAUAAUUGA